AUGGCUUUGCGCUUCCCAGUUCGACCAUUCUUUGUUCGACCAUUUUUCGAUGAAUUUGCCGACAUCGAAAGACACUUUUUGAAACCAUAUUGGAAUGAUCAAACCAUGCUUGAUGGACAUCGAAUUGGAGAUGCUAUUGAGGUAAGACAAAUCAAAAAUUAUCAACAACAACCAAACAAACAUUUGUUUUUUUUUCAGAAUGUCAAGUCCGAAACAGGUGAUGGUCAAAUAUCAGUCAAUGUGGCUCAAUUCAAACCCGAAGAAAUCAAAGUUAACAUCAAUGAAAAUCAAUUGAUUAUCGAGGGAAAACAUGAAGAAAAAACAGAUGAACAUGGCCUAAUUCAACGACAUUUUAUUCGAAAAUAUACACUUCCACAAGGAAUUCGAGCUGAAAAUGUUAAAAGUGAAUUGAAUUCCGAUGGAGUUUUGUCAAUCAAAUAUGAAAAAGUUCCUGAAGAACAAAAACAAACUUCAAUUCCUAUCACUUUUGUUCCAAACAAAUAA